ACUUUGGUGAUCAUUGAUGCAGACCCUGGAAUGAUUCUCUACUGGAACACCACCAAUGAGGAAACUGAGUCGAUGGAGAUAAGCAGCCUUCAAGCCAACUGUUCUACUCAAGUGAACACAAAUCAAUCCUACUUACCUAUUCAACCUUACGUGGAGUUUUUCCAAAUAGCUAUAUACAUUCCCACAUUUAUCCUGGGACUGCUGUUCAAUGGCAUGGCUGUGUGGUUUGCCUUCCACAAGAUCAGGCAAAUGACAGAACCCAUUAUCUACAUGGUGUCGCUGAUGAUUUUAGAUACCUUGAUGCUCUUUGCUCUUCCCUUUAAAAUCAUUUCCUAUCAUAAGAGAGAGUGGGGUCUCGGGGGUGCGUUUUGCUCAUUCCUGGAAAGCCUGUACUUUGUGAACAUGUAUGGGAGCAUCCUCAUCUCUGCAUGUAUAUGUGUGGAUCGAUACAUUGCUAUCCUUCAUCCCUUUGUAGCUGUUACCCUGAGAUCUCCCAAGAAAGCUGCCAUAAUUUGUGCUAUCAUUUCAGCUGGGGUGUGGGCAGGAACUGCAUGUACUUAUCAACUACAUGAACAUGGAGACCUCAAGACUUGUUUCUAUGGCUUUUCUAAAGAUAUUUGGAAAAACACAACCUUGCUCAUCACCCUGGAGACAGCUUUUCUUGUUUGCAUGACAGCUAUGAUCUUCUGCACAAUCCAAAUCAUCAUAUGUUUGCGUGGGAACCAAAAGCCUGAUGAUCCCCUCACAAACAGAAACAAACCAAUCAAUAUAAUCACAGCAAACUUAACUACAUUUCUUGUCUGCUUCACCCCUUUCCACGUGGCACUGGUGUUAUAUUAUUUGGUGAAGCAUCAAAUACUUAGUGAUAGUCAGGAGAUCAUUCGCAUAUUUGUUCAGAUCAGCCUGUGCUGGGCUAACCUCAACUGUUUUCUGGAUGCAAUCUGCUAUUAUUUUGUCUUCAAGGAAUUUAUGAAACUUGCCUCAAUUGAGAGGAGCACAUGCAUGAGUAACGUUCUUGAUUAA